CCAAAGUUUGGCUUUAUGUUACAGCCGCCAUUUUGAUCUUUUCAUGUGGUUAAUUUUUAGUGAGACGCGUUUUUUGUGUAAUAUUUUGAAUGUAAAGUAUUUUUCAUACUUAAUAAUAUAAAUUUUGUUAACAAGUGUUAAUAUAGUACUUGGUAAUCAUAUAAAGCCUUAUUGUUCACAAAUAUGGGACGUGGAAGAGACCGCAGUCGGGAUAGGCGUCGCAGUCGAAGUAGGAGUAGAAGCAGAAGCCGAAGUCGUAGUCCACGCUACGGUCUCGGAUCAGGUGGUGGCGGCGGCGGUGGUGGAUAUGGCGGAGGAGGCCGAAGAAGCAAUCCGGGAGCAAAUCUUCGUAAACCCAAGUGGGAUUUAAGUAGGCUAAAGCCAUUUAAAAAGGAUUUUUAUAUACCACACAGUGAAGUAGAAAAUAGACCCGAGUCUGAGGUGGAAGCUUGGAGAAGUGAAAAUGAAAUAACUUUGAAAGGCCGUAACAUACCUAAACCAACCCUAACUUUUGAUGAAGCUGGUUUCCCUGAUUACGUUAUGGAUGAAAUUGAUAAAAUGGGAUUUUCCAAACCAACCCCAAUUCAGGCCCAAGGUUGGCCAAUUGCUUUAAGUGGCUAUGAUAUGGUUGGCAUUGCUUCAACAGGUUCAGGGAAAACACUCUCAUACAUUUUGCCAGCUAUUGUUCAUAUAAAUAAUCAACCAAAAUCAAGCAGAGGAGAUGGGCCUAUGGCCUUAGUGUUGGCUCCAACAAGAGAACUUGCCCAACAGAUUCAAGAAGUUUGUGAUAAAUUUGCAAAUACAUCGAAAAUUCACAAUACCUGUUUGUUUGGAGGUGCUCCAAAAGGACCUCAAGCAAGGGACUUGGAUGCUGGGGUGGAAAUUGUAAUUGCCACACCUGGACGUUUGUUAGAUUUUUUGGAAAGUGGACGAACUAAUCUAAAGAGAUGCACUUAUUUAGUCUUAGAUGAAGCUGACAGAAUGUUGGAUAUGGGUUUUGAACCUCAAAUCAGAAAAAUAAUAGAACAAAUAAGACCUGACCGGCAGACACUUAUGUGGUCUGCAACUUGGCCCAGGGAAGUUCAAAGUUUGGCUGCAGAAUUUUUAAAAGAUUACUUACAAAUUAAUGUUGGGUCAUUGCAACUGGCUGCAAACCAUAAUAUCUUACAAAUUAUUGACGUCUGUAUGGAAUAUGAAAAGGAAACUAAAUUGAGCACUUUACUAAAAGAAAUAAUGGCAGAGAAAGAAAAUAAAACAAUCAUUUUCAUUGAAACAAAACGACGAGUAGAUGACAUUACAAGGAAAAUGAAAAGAGAUGGGUGGCCUGCUGUUUGUAUCCAUGGAGACAAAUCACAGAAUGAACGUGACUGGGUAUUACAAGAUUUUCGCAGUGGGAAAGCGCCUAUUCUUGUAGCAACAGAUGUUGCUGCAAGAGGAUUAGAUGUUGAUGAUGUCAAGUUUGUAAUAAAUUUUGAUUACCCUAGUAACUCUGAAGAUUAUGUUCACCGAAUUGGUAGAACAGGUAGAACUAAUAAAACUGGAACUGCAUAUACAUUUUUUACACCAUCCAAUGCUGCUAAGGCUGCAGAUCUUGUGUCGGUGUUAAAAGAAGCCAAGCAAGUAGUUAAUCCUAAGCUGCAAGAGCUAGCCGAACGAGGCGGUGGUGGUGGCCGAAGACACCGUGGUCGCGGUGGCAGAUACAGAAGAGGACGUCGAUCCAGAUCUCGAUCCCGCUCUCGCGAUCGACGUCGGCGGUCACGUACGCGUUCACGAUCCCGAGAUCGCCGUCGGCGCAGACACAGCUCGUCCAGAUCAUCACGCAGCCGGUCAUCGAGAUCUUCGAGAAGUCACUCGCGCUCACGUUCCCGUUCACGUAGCCGAUCUCGCUCAGGCAAGUGCAGCCCACUGAAGGAUGGUUCUAAUAUUGGGCCCCAGCCUGCGACUCAGGCUCUGCUACCGACGCCCAAACCACUUUUGCCCACACCCAUCGGUCCCCAACUACCUUCCUCACAUUUUGAUAGACCUAACGGCAAAGCUUCCUCAACACCUCCCAUUCGAAAUAAUGAAACACGAUCUAAUGAUACAGACUUUUCUCCUAAUAAUAAUAUAAAUAAUAAUGUUAAUAAUCACAUAAACCAUGAUACCAAUUUACAGCAACAACAGCAACAGCAGGCAAACUCAAUUCCACCUUUAAUGGCUAUAAAUCCUCAAAUGAAUAUGUGUGUUCCUCCUCCAAUGAAUGGUCAAGGUUUUAUGAUGCCUCAAUACUUUCCCAGUGAUCAAUAUGGAAUGAUGAUGCCAACUUUUCCUCCUAAUGCCAUGCUCAAUACAACUGGCUGGGGAGCACCACCUCCACCCCCUCCUCCUCCUCCUCCUACAGAAACAAGUGGUGGGCCACAAAACAAUUAUGACUAUGGACAAAGUGGCUCGGGGCAAAGUCGCCUUCCAGAGUCGGAUUCCAGAAAACGAGGAAGUCGUUCUGGUGGCCUCGGAACUUCGAGCUCGUUUGGCUUGGGCUCCGGCGGCCUGGGUUCCGAAGGAGGCUUCGGAUCGUCCAGCGGUGGCCUGGGCUCGGCUGACAACUAUGGCGGUGGUCUCGGGUCAGGCGGCCUAGGCUCUGGUGGCGGCCUUGGCUCUGAUGAGAGCCAAAGCGGCUCGCGGUCACGGGGCAAUCGUGACCGACGUCGGCGAGGAAGAGGACGAGACCAUGAUGACUAUAACUCGGAUAGUCCGAGUGGUGGUCUCGGGUCUUACGGCUCGGGCGGCCUCGAAGGCGGCCUGGGUCAGGCAACUGGCGGAUUAGCUACUGGCGGUCUUGGCGUACCCCAUGGGAGCCUCUUGCCGCGCAUGCUUCCGCAGAACGUUGGUGACUUCGGGGGACAACAAAGCGCAAACUUUACAGCUUUCGGUUCUUAUGGGUCUAAAAAUAAUAAAAGAAAUCAACCUGAAAAUGACGGUAGUAAUUAUGAUAGUAGCAAUAUGAAUGGUGUUGACUAUUACGGCCAAAAUAUGGGACCUGGCCGACCUUUCACAUCUGGUAUGGAUCCAGCUUUGUCUAAUGGUGCGCUGGCUAAUGGCUCCAUGGGGUACAGAAAUGACCGCCAGGGCAAUCGCCAACGACGGUGAAUAAGAUCGAGAGAACGGCUAUAAUGGUGACUCUCGUCGACGAAGGCGGCGUUAAAACUGAAUAAAUUCGGCACUAACAGAACAACUAAAAUAAAUUAAGGAAUUGCUAUUUUCAUUCCAUAUGUAUUUGACAGUACUGAUUUGGUUUUAAUGUUGAGAAAACGUAAUACAUUUUAUAAAUAAUUAAAUUUUCAGUGAUUGCUUAAAGUAGUAUUAAGAAUACAUUGGUACAUUUAAGUUUUAUAUUAAAAAACUAUGUCAGUAAAAUGUGAACAUGUUUUAGUGUCUAUUAACAUAUACCAUACAUAAUUAAGAAUAAAUAAUAAUAAAAUAACAGUAUGAUUAAAAUCGAUUUUAUUAUAUAUUCGCAAUGCCUUUUUAUAAUAGAUGCUAAAAAAUUACUUAAGUAAUAUAACUAUAAGGCAGUAGUAUGCUUUAUUUAUUAAGAUCUGUACAUUUUGUAUUGUUAAAAAUGAAACCAAAAGCUAUUCUGAGAGGUUUUUUGUAAUUGCACUUCAUAAUUAAUUUCCUAGACACUGGUAUAUUGUGCAAGAAAUACUGCAAAGUAAGCUCUUUCUGUAAAAAAGAU